UAUUAAGUAUAACAAUGUCAUUUUUUUAUGAUAUGUACGCGUAAUAUAAGCAUCCAUGUGAAUAUUCCCACUUUUGCAAAUAUCUUAUCUGUUAUAGAUUACCACGUCACAAACGUUGAUAAUAAUGCAUAUUAGUAAAAUGCAUUGGAGUGUACGAUGCAAGUUUUGUAAUGUAAGCAAGAUACCUGAGUUGUCGAUACAGUAGACAAUAACUGAUAUUACCUUGGCGCGAAUAAAGUAAUUUAAGAGUGAUUAGAUGAGUGCGCUGUAGACGAGAAGUGUAGGGGAUUUGAAGUAGCAUGACUUAUAAAAAAUGAAAAAUUAUGAGGAAGAAUAUAAGUGAAGGAUCACGAUUGCGAGUCGUAUAGUAGACAAGUAGGAAACGGUUGCAAGAAGAUCGAGAGACUAGGGACCAUCUUAGGAAGAGAUCGAGAGUGAGAUUCUUCAACGGAUUUCAGAAAAUUUCUUUUUCCGCGAAGUUGGUAUUUGAGAAUUUGUAACAGGAUAUCUUGAAGUAUAGACGGAUAUCUUGAAAUUAUAAUUUACAAUAGUUAACUCUUCUUUUUUACAAUUAUACAAUGGAUAUCCGUCAAAAUAAAAAAUUCGAUAGCACAUUCUAUUUAGAGAAUGUGUGUGCGAAUAUUCUCAAAGUGAAUAAUGUCAAUACAAUUUGUGCAAAUCAAAACGAACUGAGUUAUUAUCAUAACGACACAACGCGGAAAAAAUCGGACUUUCAUGUUAAAUAUCGAAAUCGCGUUUAUAAUAUACGAAAUUUCUUAAAUUAUCAUCCGGGAGGAAAAAAUGCGCUUACAUAUUUGAAGGAUCAAAACUUAGAUGAUGAAUUAGCGAAACAUCCCCAUUCCAAAUCUGCCUACUAUCUUCUCGAAGAAUUUGCCGUCCAAUUCCAAGAGAGAUAUAACGAGUGCGAAGACUUAGUUAAUUGGAAUGCGCCGAUAUUACGCCAAGUGGGCUUUAUGGGCGAUCGAUAUUGGGAAUGGGUAAAUCUGCCAGUAAACCGACCUAUACGAUUUUUUCAAUCGGACAUUUUAGAAUUAUUAUCGAUUACGCCAUGGUACAUCAUACCGAUCGUCUGGUUUCCCAUAGUUACAUAUUUCUUUUACAUGGGAUGUGUUGGAAAUAUUUCGACAAACAUCGUGAUCACGUUGCAAAGGAUUUUAUCGUCAUUUGUUCUGGGGAUAUCUAUCUGGACUGUUACGGAAUAUUUCAUACAUCGGAAAGUAUUUCAUUUAAAACCACCGCAUAAUUCGAGGUUACUAAUUACUUUGCAUUUUCUAUUUCAUGGGUGUCAUCAUAAGGCACCAUUAGAUGAAAGAAGACUGGUGCUUCCACCGAUAUUAGGUUUAAGCAUAGCAGCAAUUAUUUGGCAAAUUUAUAAAGCCAUAUUUCCUUUGGAAAUAGUUCAUUUUGUCACCUCUGUUACUAUAAUGGGCUAUUUAUGUUAUGAUCUAAUGCACUAUUACUUGCAUAAUGGAGCACCGAAAGCCGAAUCGUAUUUGUAUACAAUGAAAAGAAGACACAAUUAUCAUCAUUUUUUACAUCAUAAUCAAGGAUUUGGAGUUACCAGUGAAUUAUGGGAUCGAUUACUCAAGACAGAUCUAAAUUUACGGAAAUUAAACAAACCAUUAGAAUGGUAAAACAAUAAUGAAAAAGAGAAUUAUUAUUAUUAUAUUUAUAUUUAUUGCUUAUAUUUAUAUUUAUUGAUUGGUAUUCUUCUUUUAAAUAUUUGUAUUUGCACAUUUUAUUAUCCAUAAAUAUAAUCGUUCGUAACAAUGUGUCAUACAAAUUGUUAUAUCCAUUUAAUUUUCAAUAAAAGUAUAUAUUUCUUAAUAAUGGAAAAACACAUUUUUUCGCUCAAAUUUCAAUCUCGUGAAUUAAAGAUAAUGAUAAUGGUAACUAUCGUUGUCAUUAUUAAAGUUUGACACAUGCUCAUAAAAAAUAUUUAGUAAUAUCAAAUCUGGCUAAAAUUUAAUUUAAAAUCCAAAUUAAUUUUGUCGAUUUAUUUAAAAAGUUUGUUAAUUAAAUAUGAUAACAUAUGAUAUGAAUGAAUUUCACAAUAAAAAAAGUACUGGCUACUAUUUAAAAAAACAAAAAUGACCUUGAAAUCUCCAAGAUUUCUUUACCUGUCAGUUUUUUUUGCUAUGUUCUAAUAACUUCUUCUAACUCUUUUAACCUAGUGUUCAAUUAUUUUAACUCAUUGUCAAUCAUUUUCAAAAUAUAUUGAUUUAUAGAUUAGAAUGGGUCAUUCUGUAUUUAUGAUCGUCGAUAGAAUAAUAUUGUAGAACAUUAUGAAAUUUAUUAAAAUAUCUAUGGAUAUUUUCUAUGAAGCGAUAAUGACUAAGGAUUUUUAACAAGAUUUAUAAAUCUCUUCACGCCCUCACAAUAUUAUUAAAAAUUUAUAUUUAUAUUAUGAAACAUUUUCUAUGCACAUAGAUGCAAAUUAUUUGUAACACCACAAAGUAUUAUUAAAGUGUGAAAUGUGAAACGCAUUAACAUGCAUAAACGGGGUGAUCAAAAUAAUUGAUACAAGAUUAUUAAUGUCCUUUUAAUACCGGUGAGCAAAAAUGCAUUCUUCAUAACUGAGAGAGAGUUGUAUUUUUGGAUACACGUACAGAGCAACAUAAUUUUUUUAAUUAUCGUUUACAUGUUGAAUGUUUUAGAAUAUAAAAAGGCAGAGGCAGAGUUGUAUAAAGUAUAGAUAUUAAUAGUCUAUAUAUCUAUCAUGUGAUAAGACUCUCUCAUUAUUUUAU